AUGGGAAGAAACCCUUGUUGCUCUAAGGAGGGCUUGAACAGAGGCGCUUGGACUGCCGUUGAAGACAAAAUCCUCAUCGAUUAUAUCAAAACCCACGGCGAAGGCCGAUGGAGAAACCUCCCCCAAAAAGCAGGUUUAAAAAGAUGUGGGAAAAGUUGCAGACUUCGUUGGUUGAACUAUCUAAGACCAAAUAUCAAGAGAGGUAACAUUUCGCCCGACGAAGAAGAACUUAUAAUUAGGCUUCACAAGCUUUUGGGCAACAGAUGGUCGCUAAUAGCGGGAAGACUUCCAGGACGAACAGACAAUGAAAUAAAGAAUUACUGGAACACCAAUUUAGGCAAAAAAGUCCAGCUUGAUCGUCACCACCAACAAAACACCACUAAUUCCACUGGAAACAAGAAGCAGUACCACCCCUCACGUAAAUUUACAAAACUGACCAAUGACCCGUCGUCGAGUGGCGGCUCGGCAUCACCGUCCAAUAAGACGGCUACGGCGACGCAAGUGGUCCGGACCAAAGCCGCCAAGUGCACCAGAGUCAUUCUCAACCACCCGCAGCCGCACAGAAUUGGCCACGGCCGUGACCUGCAUGCAGACAAAGAGUCUACAUCGCCAUAUAAUUUAAAGGGCGAUUACGACAUUUCAAAUUGCGAGAAACCAGUCCUUGCAGCUGGUACUAGUAACCCUACUUCAGAUAUCGGUCAAGAUGAUCAAAACAACAUUUCGGCCGCCGCAGAUUUCGCCGUGAAUCUCAACCCCGCCGCUGCCGCCGUCGACGAUGAGCUUUGCCUUGCGGAUAUUCUGAAUUCAGAUUAUCAGGUUUCGGAUUUUCUUCCCGAGUACUAUAACAGUACUAAUUAUGGGGACGUCCAAAGUAGUAGUAGUACUGAUCUUAGUGAUCUACUAUUCUCCGAGGAAAUGUUGGUGCAAGAUCGGAGCGAUGUUCGGGCGCUAAAUGCGGGCCUCGAAUUCGAAUAUUUCAGUUCAGUACUCUUCGAUGGCGAUGAAGAAAACUGGUUGACUGAUUAA